AUGCUAUCCGGCUUUGCCUAUGUAACUUGUGUUCUUGACGGGCCCAUUGACGAGUGGAACGUAACUCAUAUAUUGAAUGUCUUUGCGUCCAUUGCAGAGACUAUUGGCUACGGAGAAUUCCCCAGUCACCGUAUAGAAAUCCAUCAAGCGCUUAGGCAGCUAAUAGAGGCAGCAAAAGACUCUUCUGGCACCCGGUAUUCCCGUACGGCCCUGCUCGUUUUAAUGUCAUUACUUGGUGUUUUAUUGUUAGGUGCACGGUCAGUAAUUAGCCCUUUAAAUUUGCGAAUGGUUGGAUUGGAGGAUUGCAUCUUUAUUGACAUGAUUAAAAUAAAAGUACUUUGGUCCAAUCCAUAUGCUCUUGGACUCAUUUUUCUCUUACGGUUGCACGCAGCACUUAUACACAGACAGGAUCAUGUCUCGCUUGCUUCUUCUCUGAUGUCCUCUCCUGGUCCUACUUGCAGUGAAGGUAGCACUGACGACAGUGACCUGAAAUCCAUUGUAGAUCUGUUAUCCGUGAUCAUUGACCGUGUUGCAGAUGUUCACCGGACAGAUUCUACUCCAACUCCCGAUGAUGAGUAUUUCACAUGGCUAGCUUUUUGCGCGUUUCAUAGAUAUUCUUCACGACUCGCUGAGACUAUAAAAAGCUACACAUAUGCUCAGGACCCAGAUUCUUGCUCUGAACUAGCACCUACUUCUGCUUCUUUGCCUACUGAAACUACUCGCAUGCAAUCCCUCAGUUCUUGUUUUCAAAAUCCCCUUUUUUCGCACAAGCUCCUGCCUACUAAGAGUCUCCUAUUAAUGGCCAGCAUGUGUACAGAUGCUUCUGAUGACCUCCUAAACACAGAGAGUCUUGUCUUCCCAGAAGUCCAAUGCCAGGUAGAUCAAGACUGCUCUAAUCCGCCAUCGACUAACGAUGCAUCGUAUGUUAUAUUUCUUAUUGAGUCAUACUUUCUUUUAUUCCCAGACAAAUCUGCCUACAUGGCUGAUGUACUCUGCUAUACUCCUUACCUCCCUCAAAGGUUCAUUUCGCCGAUCAUGGGGCUUUUAGCACCUCCUAUUCUAACAGAAAUGUCUCUUGACCUUCAGACAACAAAUAGAAACCGCUGUAUUCUAGGCCUAAUUUUCGUCAACGCUGUGCUGGCCCAAACAGUCAGCGCAUACCAAUAUGCAAUAACCUCACGCUGUCUCCUCAAGCAGAUGAAGUUCUCGUGGAUCCGUGCGUAUAUACCUCUUUCUGUUCUCUCUUCUAACGUCUACUUCUUUGGUGCACGUAGCAAGGUCUUUCAGAUAACGAUACUGGAUGACGACGAAUAUAUAAGUGAAGUACGUCUCUUACUGAACAAUCAACCUUACAAGACCGAGUCUCUAAAGAAUGGAUCUCAGAAGAACAGCAUUCGGCGAUCCAAAAAACAAUGA